AGUCACGUGGCAGCUGGUGGGGUUAAAAAUAGCCAGGUCAAGAGUCCUGGUUACACGGGCCAGUUUGGUUACAGUUGACACUUAUAAGAGCUGCUUCUGAUUCCAGAUGCUUAGUAGACAGAGAACAGCCAGACGGCUUCAUCUCUGCUUACGGCAGGAGUCUCUACAAUAAUGGACAAAAACACAGAGGUGUUAGUAUGUGGCGCUUCAAUUAUGAAGGAUGUCUGGGAAAUCAGACUGAGGGAGUUUCGACAGAAACGGCAGCUGGAAGAGCAGAGGAUAGGGAAGAGCGCUCUGGAAAGAAUCAAUCAGGAUUGGAAGGCGCGCAUGUCCUCCAAGAUAAAAACCCCUAAAAGACUGGAGAGAAAAGCAAAGCUUCCUGAAGAAUCGACUCUUGAUGCAUACAAGGCUAAAAAGACGCACCUUGGCAGGCCUCAAGGCUUCCAGAGCAGUCGGGUUCAGAGGCAGGCGGACUCGACUAAAACUACCAAAGCAAAUAAACUGGCCCUGUUACAUCAGCUCAGUGAAAGCUGCCCGGGGUUGAUGGUGUGGGCGAAGUCUUGGAAGUUUUCGCAACCUUUGCCGCAACCUGAAGAAAUUCCCUGUGCGUUCGACUGGGGGCAAUCAUGGAAGUUUCUCAAUUUUCAGCCAAGCACUAAUGGUAAACCAUGGUUUGAUCUCGGGUUUGAUGCCAACAACAAUAUGAGCACCAGAGACAUGUUUCUAUGGGAGAAGCUCAGCAAAGCUUUAGACUCUGAAUACAUUAAACAAGACCUGGUCACUCCAGAAUGGGAAAAGUCUUGGAUAAUCAGUCAGAAAAGAAAAGACUAUUAUGAAAACAGAAAUAAAAAUGAUUUUGACAAAUUUUACAAUCAAAACGAGGAAAUCACAUCAGACUGGAACGAGUCCUGGAAGUCAACAAAGCCUGUAAAAGAAGUAGCUGUUAAGUCUGAUUUAAUUCAACCCACAGCUAAUAAGGAAAAACAACCUGAAUUAUCAUGGAAUAAUUCUUGGAAGCACUUUAAAAAUCAGCUUUGUGUGAAAUCUACAAAUAAUUCUGCUUGGAGUGAAUCUUGGAGAGUUGCGAAAACCAUAUCAGAAAAGGAGUCAAAAUCAAUCCAAUCUCAAGCAAUGGUGCCUGAGGAGCUGCAUCCCAACAUCUGCAACGUGAUAAUGAAUGUGUCUAGAGAGAUGAAGCACACAAUUCCAUGGAGCUCUCAGUUCGGUGGGACGGACGCACAGCUGUCUGAAUGGGAAAAAUCAUGGAUGACCAUAAAAAAUCUGUCAGAGUAUAAAGAAGAGAUAAAUAAAGAGGUGGAAGUGAAGGUUGAGACAUUGAAACCAGACAAGCAACCAACUGAACAUGUGAAAUUCAGUGUACUUGUUUUGCCAAAAAGCCAGAAGCGGCAAGAGAUGCUUAACUACUCUGAGCAAAUAAACUGGAGGGAUUCUUGGAAGAUGAUGAAACACCAGCAUAGAGAAGAAAGAGCCUUGAGGAACCGGAGAAAUCCACCUUCGCAGUUCUCAAAAAAUCUCACUGAAUGGCUCGAUUCUUGGAGGCUCACCAACUUAACUCUCAACCAAGAUGGCAGUCUAUGGCAGCAGGGUUGGUCUUCCAAUUCUCAACCCAGGCCUAUUAGAAGAGUGCGAGAAAAUGAAGAUAUCCCGCAUAACGGACCGGCAGGGGUUCGCGUAUGGGCAGAGUCCUGGAGGUCAACGAGACGUCAGCAUCUUCUGGAAAGACAAGUGACCAGUGCAUCUACCCAGCCGGUAUGUCAACAUAUGUAUGCACGAUCUGUGGCAGACUGGGAACAAUCAUGGAAGUCAUCAACUCAUCUGCGUCAUCAUGAUAGACCCUCCAUGACAGCGUGGAUGGAUUCUUGGAGGUGCUCCACCUUGGAGGAUCACCAACCUGAACAUACGUGGUUUGAGAAAUCAAUGGAAAUCAAAGGCAGAAAGGAACUUUGCAGAGCAUUGAAUGCAUUUAGCAGAUCAUUUGAUUCUCAGACAUUCAAAGAACGAUAUCCUGCGGAUGAGUGGAAUGACUCCUGGAGGGUUAAGAAGAGGUUUGAUGGUCCUGAACUCCCACAACUAAUGAAAAACGAAGUGCUAGAUUGGGAUAAUUCUUGGGUGUUCAGCAGCACAGAGUUUUAUCAAACACAAGGUGAAUGUUAUUUGAAUUCUCACCUGACAUCUGAUGUCAAGAACCAUGCGAUGCUCAAAUCAGUGCAGAUCGAGAGCAGGUCAGAAUGGGGUCGAUCGUGGAAGAUGUCACACCCACAACCACCAAAGAACAUCGACUUGUGGGUUGAUGCAAAGCCAAGGUCAUUCAGUGCACAAGACCUGAUUCUUUGGUCCAAACACAAAGGCAUCUAUUAUUUACCCUCUGCUUCACUCAAAGACUUGAAGCUGAAAAUGUGGAGCAAGUCCUGGAGGUUCAUGAAGAUAGACCUUGACUCAAAGCACGUGAAGGAUGAGGAUGAAUCUGUGAUAAUGACGAAGACUAUAAAGAUAAGAAAGCAAAUGUACUCGGAUAUAGACCAGCAGAAACCACAAAUGAAGAGAUGGAGUGAUGCAUAUAAAAUAGCAAAGACGCAACCACGAGCAAAGCGUAACGUUCAAUCCAGAUCUGGCAACGUGGAAGAUGAAGAUGAAGAAACGUUUGCAGAAUGGAUGGAAUCUUGGAAAUUCUCAAAUAAUUUAAAAACCUGUGAGCCUGCCAAGCUAUCUCUGAGCAAUUGGAAAGUUUCUUGGAAGUUUCUCCUUGAUCCAAAUGUAACAAAGAACGGCCCAAAAACUAGCAAGAAUCGCUGAGGAUUACAGACUUUUCAUUUAAAAUAAAUGACAAGUGAUGUUUUUAAAACUUCUACAGAUUCACCCCAGAAUAAAGUUGUGUCCUGUGCAGACAAUUA